UUUCUUACAGCUCCUAAGGAAGCACAUGAAGUUCCAACCAGACUAAUAACUUCUUCCAGUCCUGAUAUAACCCCAAACAAAUCCAGUCUAAAUAUCAAAUAUCAUGAUCCAUCCAAACCUAAAAGUCAUCCUGGUCAAAAAACACAACAAUCAAAACCAGAAACUAUUCCAUUCUCUCAAGAUCUUAUUACAACUAUGGUACCUGUUGCCCCUGAAAAGACAAAGGAAACACUUGAUCCAAAAGAAACACAACUUCUUCCUUCAAAACCCAAACCAUCUGACAAACAAGGAAAGAACAAGACUAAACCUGCUUCAUCUAAACUGAACAACAAAGUGACAGUCACCAAAACUCCACGUUUGAGAAAAGUUGUCCACAGAACAACACCAGCUCCUCCUAGAACUAGAACACCAGGAGGAUCGUCCUGGAGUAAAAAACCAAGAGGUGAGAAAUUAACAAAUGAAGAUGUUCCAAAGCCGCUUCAUCCAAGCUCUAGUACUAAUUCUAGUGUAUCAGUGGAUUCCACAGUUGUAAGAAAAAAACCAGAUCCAGCUACACUACCUGGUUCUCCACGACCUCCUUUAGCUCCUGCCAGACCUACACCAAUACGAAGAAAACCUUUACCACCCAACAAUAUAACUGGUAAACCUGGCCGUUCAGGAAAUGUCUUGAUGCCACGAGCAUCAACAUCUAUAGCAAAACCCACUUGGCCAAGUUCCCUUGUGAAAACAAAUUCACCUAAAAAGCUACCGACAGCAGCAGCUUCUCCAGAUUACAGCAAUCCAAUGUUCAGUUCUAUUCCUACAACUGAGACUGAUAUUACAGGCACACCAAGGUAUACAGGUGACCAUGUGAAAUACCUGAAAAAAAAAGAUGAUGUACCUUGUUCCAUCACAGAUACUAUGCAACUCUUUCCAACUGAUAUGGGGGACAACAGAGACAUGGCUACUAGUGCCCCCCAAAAACCUCCUACGAACCUCACUGUAGUGACUGUUGAGGGAUGUCCAUCUUUUGUGGUACUGGAUUGGAAACCACCUGAAAAUGAAAGUGUAACAGAAUAUAAAGUUGUAUCAACAGAAAAUGGAGGCACAGUUGGAAAAGAUAAGUCCAUUAUAACCACAAAUCAAACCCAUUCUACAGUGGAAAACCUGAAACCUAAUACAAGUUAUGAAUUUGUUGUGAUAGCUAGCAACCCUCUUGGGGAAGGUCCAGGUAGUGAACCAAAACCAUUCAGAACUGAAUCAGCUGACCCAAGAAUAACAGAAUCUAUUUCAAUGGGGAAAGAUGCAAUUUGGACUGAAGUCAGAUUUAAUUCUGAUGACUAUUCUGAAUGUAAGGGAAAACAGUAUGUCAAGAGGACUUGGUACAAGAAGUUUGUGGGUGUUCAGUUGUGUAACUCCCUUCGAUAUAAAAUUUACCUCAGUGACUCACUUAAAGGCACAUUUUAUAAUAUAGGGGAUCAGAGAGGACAUGGAGAAGAUCAUUGUCAAUUUGUGGAUUCAUAUUUAGACGGAAAGACAGGACAAAUGCUUCCAUCAGAUCAACUGCCUUCCAAAGAUGGUUAUUUUAGAGCUGUUCGUCAGGAACCUGUCCACUUUGGAAAAAUAGGAGCCGGAACACACAGUACUUAUGUUCAUUGGUAUGAGUGUGGAACCACAAUACCUGGAAAAUGGUAGAACAAGAAACAAACUGAUCUUCCAUGCUUAGAGAAAACAGUUUGUCGUGAUAUUACAAACUGAAAUCUAGUGAGAAUACUGCGUUAACUUUCAAUAGCAUUGGCUGCUUAAUUAUAAAUGUUCAGAUUUGCAGUUAUAUUGCAGAAAGAAAUAUCAUAAAGUAAUGUCUUGGGAAGCUGGCUCCCUAAUAGUCUCUUAUAUUAACUACUUAUUGUAAAAGGUGUAGUUUAUUUUUUACUAUUGUUGUGAUAUUUUGAGGCACCUUUACUGAAAAGCGGAUAAGAAAAAAUAUCUUCUGAAUUGUAUUAAUGUACAUUGCCAAUGGUCACAUUCUACUUUUCACACAUACUUAAAUUAUUCUCUCAGUUAAUUCCUGGACAUUUUUGCCACUUCAUAAAAAAAAAAAUCCAGUCCAAUUGAAAAGUUGCAGAUUUUAUUCGAACUUUAGAUAAAACUGACACCACAUAAGCUCUGAUUUCACAUUUGUUCAAUUAAAAUAUCAUUCAGGAAAAAAAGAAUCAUCUUAACUGACCCCAUACCAAUAACCAUUCUACCAUCCUAAAUACCUUUAACAUUGUGCAAGAGCUCCUCAAUACAAGGUAGAUUUCAGGUCAGUGAUACAAACUUUUAUUCUGCACUCCCAGUAUAGAUUGGAUUGUAGAAACAAACAAAAUGACAUUAAAAUUGGUUGUAUGUCAGACAGUUAUUGGUUUUGAUAGCAUUUACUGGUAUAUGUAUAAAUAACACUGAAAUGGCUGUUCUAUUUUUGUCUCCCACCAGAAAUUGAAUUAGUUCAUGGUAAAUACACACACAUACACGCACAAUCAAUUUACAGUGGGGAACUAUAUUGUUAUGGUGAAAUAAAGAUGCAAAAGCCUUAAUAUAUUUUGCUGUUGUUAAUGGAAGAA